GCCGCCUGAGCUGAUGUUCCCUUCCCUAGCUCUCCGCGUUGUUGUUCUCGGUGACGCGACGGAGGUGUUGCCUGACGCGGCCUCUUACGUGUCGGCCUGAAUAAAAGUGGAGCUCCGAGGGCCCGAGAGUGACGGAGGGAGACUGUAUCGCUAACUAAAUGACCAUGGAAUCGGCCACAGACACUCAGCAGGGUGGCGACGCUCCAGUGUCUGAGACAGAGAGCCAGCAGAUUGCCCAGGCCCAGAUCGCCACACUGGCACAGGUGUCCAUGGCAGCUGGUCAUGGGACGGCCAGUGGCCCCACGGUCACCCUGGUGCAGCUGCCGAAUGGGCAGACGGUCCAGGUGCACGGGGUCAUUCAGGCCGCCCAGCCGUCCGUCAUCCAGUCGCCCCAGGUGCAGGCUGUGCAGAUCUCCACCAUUGCGGAGAGCGAGGACUCCCAGGAGUCGGUGGAUAGUGUGACAGACUCACAGAAGCGCAGGGAGAUCCUGUCCAGACGCCCCUCUUAUAGAAAGAUCCUCAACGACCUGUCAUCCGACGCACCGGGGGUCCCGCGGAUAGAGGAGGAGAGGUUGGAGGAAGAUUCGGCACCUGCCAUCACCACGGUCACCGUGCCGACGCCCAUCUACCAGACCAGUAGCGGGCAGUACAUCGCCAUCACGCAGGGCGGCGCCAUCCAGCUGGCUAACAAUGGCACAGACGGCGUGCAGGGCCUGCAGACCCUGACCAUGACCAACGCGGCCGCCGCCCAGCCGGGAACCACCAUCCUGCAGUACGCACAGACCACAGAUGGCCAGCAGAUCCUGGUGCCCAGCAACCAGGUGGUGGUUCAGGCUGCCUCCGGGGACGUCCAGGCCUAUCAGAUCCGCACGGCCCCCACCAACACCAUCGCUCCCGGGGUGGUCAUGGCCACCUCUCCCGCCAUCCCCGCCCAGGGUGGCGCUGAAGAGGCAACUCGCAAGAGGGAAGUGCGUCUCAUGAAGAACAGGGAGGCUGCCCGGGAAUGCCGCAGGAAGAAGAAGGAGUAUGUCAAAUGCCUGGAGAACCGCGUGGCGGUGUUGGAGAACCAGAACAAGACCCUCAUCGAGGAGCUGAAAGCGCUUAAAGACCUGUACUGCCAUAAGUCAGAGUAGUCCUCGUCCCGCCGCUCCAGAGACUUAGCCCCCCCUGGGCAUGAACAUUUGUUUAUUUUCUAUGUUUUUAAAGCUAUGAGCCCCCGAUGCAAGAGGCCAACCAUAGGAAGUAACUGUAACUCUAAGCUCCUUUGUCUCUUUCUGCUUUUGUGGAUCGCAACCUUCAAAGGGGCACCUUGAAUCUCGAGUGAGCACCCGCAGUCGUCGCUGAGCGGGAUAGUGGCUGGCAGCGGUGCAGACGUGCAGAGCUUUUCCCUGGGGAGGAGUCUGUACCCCUGCGCUCCCCCAUGUACAGUUGGCUGGUGCGUGUACUCAGGCAGACUGUCAGAGCGGGACACCACAGCGGCCCCCGGGGAAGGACAGCCGUACUUCUGUCUGCUGGCUGUGUGUCAGAGCCGGCCGCUCGGACGCUGUUGUUGGGAAGGUGUUCUGCAGAUUGCUACAGAUAUUUGUACUGAAAUUUCGGCCUGUUUCCCAUUUUACCAUUUAAGUAUUUUUUUAAAUAGCUGGUAAGCAUGCAGAUCAAAAACAAAGUUACGAUAAUGACAGCAGUUGGGGCUUGUAGGUAUCUGAAUACUGGCAUUUUGUCCCAAUCAGGUUAAACCUAGUCGCAGGGCCCCAUGAAGACUGACAAGGACAGUCAGGAAGAGCAUGAGGAAUCUGCUUAUAGUCUAUUUCUAUGCCUGCUCCUUCUUCAGUCUGGCACAUUCGUCGCAGGAUGUUGCCCAGGUUCUGUCAAUCAAACCGUAGCAUUACAAGCCAGAAAGGAACCUCACAUGGGAUCGAUAGACUCAGUGCCCCAUCCCCCCCGCCCCCCUGCCCGUGGCUUUGUGAAUCCAUAGAAUCCACAGCAGACGCCCAGGAGGUGCCGACCUGAGGUCUGUAAACUGGUUUCCUGUACCAGAAUCAGCAAUGCCCACAAAUCAUCGCUCAUCUCAGAUAAUUCUUAUUGAAAACGUGCCCCCGUAGAAGAAGAAAAAAUCGACCGUUUUGAUCUUCAUGGUUUCUUCAUUGAGUGAUGUUAAAGUAUAAAUUGCCUUUGUUUUCUGGCCUGAAGCAUUUCUGUGCAUCUCCAAUGUGCAGUGUGGGGGCUUUUGGGGGGGGGGGCAGGAUACAUUGUGUUCAUUCAUGAGUGCUGUAUUUUAUCAUUCAUUUUUAUUGUGAUAUGAUUACAUAGAGCUGAGGUUCCCAGUUCAUAUUUUUCCACAGUAGUGUAUUUUUGUAUUUUUUUUUAGUAUUUGUUUAUUUUGUAUGUCUAGGUCAUAACCCGUACAUAUUUUAAUUUACUUGAUAUAACUAAAAUGUGUUCAGAGUUGGGCAGCAUGGUGGAUAGCACUGUCACAGCACUGUCACAGCACACUUCUAAGAAUGCGGGUUCAGUUUUAUGUCUGUUACAUGAUUAAAACAUCCAUGCAUCCAGCUACUCCUGAUGAAGAUCA